UCUGUCUUUGCUGGGGCACCCACGUGGCUUCUCUUUCUCCGUCCCCUCCCCCUCCCUGUCCUUAUCUUUCCUUUCUGUCUCCAUGGCGACUCACCACCUCGGCUUGCCUGCAUCCCAGCCUCUGCCAGGGAUUCUGAGCCAGGCUCCAUCCCUCCCUCCUCCUCGGAGCCCUGGGAGUCCGCAACUCGGGAGACCAUCCCCCUACCUCGCCCUCCACCUGCCACAGGCCGGCUAGCCGUCCAGGAGAAAAGCGAUCCUUACCUCUGCUUGAAGGUCUCUGGGCCUCCUGCUCUGUGGCUGGACCCUCUCCCCGCCCAGCCGUCCAUGCCGAGGCCCACCUUGUCAGUCUCUUCCUUUUGUCAUCGGCUUGGCAAACGGGAGAGAAAACGGAGCUUCAUGGGAAACAGCAGCAACAGUUGGUCCCAUGCCCCAUUCCCCAGGUUGGAGCUGGGCCUGGGGCCGCGGCCUACCGGGCCGCGGGAGCUCCCCCCCUGCUCCAUCUGCCUGGAGAGGCUGCGCGAGCCCAUCUCGCUGGCCUGUGGCCACGACUUCUGCGCUCGGUGCUUCAGCACGCACCGCGUCCCGGGCUGCGAGCCGCCCUGCUGCCCCGAGUGCCGCAAGAUCUGCAAGCAGAAGAAGGGGCUCCGGAGUCUGGGGGAGAAGAUGAAGCUCCUGCCGCAGCGGCCACUGCCCGCCGCGCCGCAGGAGGCCUGCGCCGCGCGGGCGGAGCCGCUGCUGCUGGUGCGCCUCAGCGCCUCGGGGGGCCUCAUCCUCAGGAUGGGCGCCGUCAACCGCUGCCUGAAGCACCCCCUGGCCAGGGACACCCCGGUCUGCCUCCUUGCUGUCCUGGGGGAGCAGCACUCAGGGAAGUCCUUCCUUCUCAGCCACUUGCUUCGGGGCUUGCCGGGCCUGGAGUCCGGAGAGGGUGGCUGGCCCAGAGGAGGAGAGGGGUCCCUACAGGGGUGUGGUUGGGGAGCCAAUGGCCUCACCAGGGGCAUAUGGAUGUGGAGCCACCCCUUCCUGCUGGGGAAAGAAGGGAGGAAGGUGGCUGUGUUCCUGGUGGACACAGGGGAUGCCAUGAGCCCGGAGCUGAGCAGAGAGACAAGGAUCAAGCUGUGCGCCCUCACCUCCAUGCUGAGCUCCUACCAGAUCCUCAGUGCCUCCCAGGAGCUGCAAGACACAGACCUGGACUACCUGGAGAUGUUUGUCCAAGUGGCCGAGGUGAUGGGCAAGCAUUAUGGGAUGGUGCCAAUUCAGCACCUGGAUCUCUUGGUUCGCCGGGACUCAUCCCACCCCGACCAGGCAGGACAGGGGCACGCAGCUGACAUCCUCCAGAGAGUGUCCGGCAAGUACCCCAAGGUCCAGGAGCUGCUGCAAGGGAGACGAGCCCGCUGUUGCCUGCUGCCCACUCCGGGGAGGCGGUGCACAGACAAAGGCCAAGGGAGCCCCAGCAGUGCGGGCGGCGCUUUCCACCGCCAUCUCGGGGCCUACGUCUCGGACGUGCUGAGCGCGGCCCCCCAGCACGCUAAGAGCCGCUGCCAGGGGUACUGGAGCGAGGGGCGCGCCGUGGCCAGGGGGGACAGACGCCUGCUCACGGGGCAGCAGCUCGCUCAGGAGAUCAAGAACCUCUCGGGCUGGAUGGGCAGGACCGGGCCCGGUUUCGCGUCUCCAGACGAGAUGGCCGCCCAGCUGCACGACCUCAGGAAGGUGGAGGCUGCCAAGCGGGAGUUUGAGGAGUACGUGAGGCAGCAGGACAUAGCCACCAAGCGCAUAUUCUCUGCGCUGCGGGUCCUGCCCGACACCAUGCGGAACCUUCUCUCCGCCCAGAAGGACGCCGUCCUGGCUCGCCACGGCGUGGCCAUGCUGUGCAAGGGGAGAGAGCAGACCUUGGAGGCUCUGGAGGCUGAGCUGCAGGCCAUGGCCAAGGCCUUCAUGGACUCCUACACGAUGCGCUUCUGUGGCCACCUGGCUGCCGUGGGGGGCGCCGUGGGGGCCGGGCUCAUGGGGCUGGCAGGGGGCGUGGUGGGCGCGGGCAUGGCAGCAGCGGCACUGGCUGCCGAGGCCGGGAUGGUGGCAGCUGGAGCUGCAGUGGGUGCCACGGGGGCUGCAGUCGUCGGGGGUGGCGUGGGCGCUGGAUUAGCUGCCACCGUGGGCUGCAUGGAGAAGGAGGAGGACGAGAGGGUGCAGGAAGGGGACCGAGAGCCCCUUCUCCAGGAAGAGUAACAGCCGCAGGAGGUGUUAAAGGGCAGGAGAGAUGCGAGGUGGGGGGAGUGGCGGAGAGGAGAGGAGGGGUGAUGUCGGGGAUUCCGAGGCGCCCCUGUGUGCCACACUGCCCUGGUUGAAUGACCAGUGUCCAGGCGGCUGGCUGAGCUGGGGACUUAGUGGCUCUUGGAACCCAGGGAGGCUUCCGGGGCCACGUGGCAGCAUUUGGGGGCACCUGGCCUGUUUCUGGCUGUAGAUGUCUGCUGGUCUGCCGCCUCCCAGAUAGGCUGCAUCAGAGGCUCCACCCUCCCCACCCAGCUAUCUCCCCGAUGUCCCUGGGUGGUAGGAAGGCUGAGCAGGUGCCGUCUGGAGGUCCAGCUCUGGGUGUUCAGAGGCCUGUCCUUUCACAGAUGGGAGGAGCCCCAGGAUCACUGGCCUGGGUGCUCAGGAGCGGGGAGCACCGGCGAGGCGGCUGCAGAAGACAGGGAAGGAGGGAGCAGAGCCAGGGGUGGGGCAGUCCGGGGCCCAGACCCCAGAGCAGAGACUCUUGUCCCUGAGACUCUUCCCAAGGCUGCUCCAGCAGAGCUGAGGGGGCUCCCCGCUGCCGCCCACAACCCCAGGGAGCCGCGUGCCCCGACCACGCUGCCCGGGCCUCCCCGCAGGCCUCUCUUGGGCCGUGCCCUUUGAGGAAAGCCCUCACCACGACAGGUUACAUGCCAAAGAGUAACACCUCUAAUUGCAUUCUGAGUUAAGCCAGACAGACUUUAUACUAGAUUCUAUCAAGGUCUUGCAAGGAAAAUAAAGUGAACAAGUUCUAUCCUUAAGCACAUCCUUUCCGCGGGCCUGUGAGACCGCUCCGCUCCGUUGCAGAAGAUGCCGUCCCCCAAACACCAGACCCGGACGGCCGCUCGGUGGCAGGCUGUCUGUCUGCGGGGCAUGGAAAGUCCUACUAGGAAGACUUCCAGGCUACCAAACUGUAAAGGAUGGGUGGCCACAUCACCUUUUAUUUUGAGAAAUAAAUAUGUGUACGUGAGUGUCA